AUGCCUCAUGCCGUUUUGAAAUUGCUAGAAAAUAUGCCGAUGCCUUGGGAACAAAUUCGUGACGUUAAAGUGCUCUAUCACAUAACGGGAGCCAUAACAUUCGUUAACGAAAUCCCAUGGGUCAUUGAACCAGUGUACAUUGCGCAGUGGGGUUCCAUGUGGAUUAUGAUGCGUCGAGAAAAACGUGACCGAAGGCAUUUUAAACGCAUGCGCUUUCCUCCUUUUGACGAUGAGGAACCACCGUUGGACUAUGCGGACAACAUUUUGGACGUGGAGCCGUUGGAACCAAUUCAGAUGGAACUGGACUCAGAAGAAGAUAAAUCGGUCGCUAACUGGUUUUAUGAACAUCGGCCCCUAGUCGGCACGAAUUUUGUGAACGGACCGACGUAUCGUCGUUGGAACAUGACUUUGCCAAUGAUGGCUACGUUGUACCGAUUGGCGAAUCAACUGCUCACCGAUUUGGUUGAUGACAAUUACUUUUACCUGUUUGACGUGAAGUCAUUCUUUACGGCCAAAGCACUGAAUGUUUCCAUACCCGGUGGACCAAAAUUUGAGCCGCUUAUUAAAGAUCAGAAUCUACAGGAUGAAGACUGGAACGAAUUUAACGAUAUCAAUAAAAUAAUCAUUCGGCAGCCUAUCAGAACCGAAUACCGAAUUGCGUUUCCAUUUUUGUACAAUAAUUUGAUCAACAUUCUUCCAGUGCAGCUUUGCUGGUACCACACACCAAACGUAGUUUUUAUCAAAACGGAGGAUCCGGAUUUACCUGCGUUUUACUUUGAUCCGUUAAUUAAUCCAAUCACUCACCGGCAUGAACAGAAGAUCGCGGAACCAGUUCCGGACGAUGACGAAAAUUACAAACUGCCGGAUUUCAUUGAACCGAUAUUUGCGGAUGUGCCCCUUUACACUGAAAAUACAGCAAACGGCAUCGCGUUGCUCUGGGCCCCGAGGCCUUACUGUCAGCGUUCUGGCAAAACCAGGAGAGCGAUCGAUGUACCGUUAGUAAAAUCUUGGUAUCGGGAGCACUGUCCAUCGGGGAUGCCAGUGAAAGUGCGAGUGUCGUAUCAGAAACUGCUGAAAGUAUACGUUUUGAACGCACUUAAGCAUCGACCUCCAAAGCCCCAAAAGCGAAGGUACCUCUUCCGCUCCUUCAAAGCGACAAAAUUUUUUCAAAUUACUUCGCUGGAUUGGGUCGAAGCCGGCCUGCAAGUCUGUCGCCAAGGUUACAACAUGCUAAACUUAUUGAUCCAUCGCAAAAAUUUGAAUUACCUCCACCUCGAUUACAACUUCAAUUUAAAACCCGUCAAAACGCUGACAACCAAAGAGCGUAAGAAAUCUCGAUUCGGUAAUGCCUUCCAUCUAUGCCGUGAAAUACUGCGUCUUACCAAGUUGAUCGUUGAUAGUUACGUACAGUAUCGCCUGAAUAACGUUGAUUCGUAUCAACUUGCUGAUGGAUUGCAGUACAUAUUCGCUCACGUUGGCCAGUUGACCGGUAUGUACCGAUAUAAGUACAAACUGAUGAGGCAAAUAAGAAUGUGCAAAGAUCUGAAGCAUCUUAUAUACUAUCGUUUCAAUACGGGUCCAGUAGGCAAAGGACCGGGGUGCGGUUUUUGGGCGCCUGGAUGGAGAGUGUGGUUGUUUUUUAUGCGCGGCGUAACACCGCUGCUUGAACGCUGGCUGGGAAACUUGUUGUCACGACAGUUCGAAGGGCGCCACAGCAAAGGCGUGGCGAAAACAGUCACGAAGCAGCGUGUGGAAAGUCACUACGACCUUGAACUGCGUGCAGCAGUGAUGCACGACAUUUUGGACAUGAUGCCAGAGGGUAUCAAGCAGAACAAGGCGCGAACCAUCCUGCAGCACCUCGGUGAGGCUUGGAGAUGUUGGAAGGCGAAUAUUCCUUGGAAGGUGCCGGGCUUGCCAACACCGGUUGAGAACAUGAUUCUGCGCUACGUGAAGGCGAAAGCCGACUGGUGGACGAACACCGCGCACUAUAAUCGUGAACGCAUUCGUCGUGGCGCCACUGUCGAUAAGACUGUCUGCAAAAAAAAUCUCGGCAGAUUGACACGAUUGUACCUGAAGGCCGAACAGGAACGUCAGCACAACUACUUGAAGGACGGUCCAUACAUCAGUCCAGAGGAAGCAGUUGCCGUGUACACAACAACAGUUCACUGGCUGGAGAGUCGCCGUUUCAGCCCAAUCCCUUUCCCACCAUUGUCUUACAAGCAUGAUACAAAGCUGUUGAUUCUGGCCUUGGAGCGGCUCAAGGAAGCGUACAGUGUCAAGAACCGACUCAAUCAGUCCCAGCGUGAAGAACUGGCCCUCAUCGAACAAGCGUACGACAAUCCUCACGAAGCGCUGUCCCGUAUCAAGCGGCAUAUGUUGACGCAAAGAGCAUUCAAAGAGGUUGGUAUCGAAUUUAUGGACUUGUAUUCACAUCUGGUGCCGGUCUAUGACAUUGAACCUCUCGAAAAGGUCACCGACGCGUACUUGGAUCAGUACCUUUGGUACGAAGCAGAUAAGCGUCGCUUGUUUCCUCCGUGGGUUAAACCAGCUGAUUCUGAACCACCACCGCUCUUGGUGUACAAGUGGUGCCAAGGCAUUAACAACUUACAAGACGUCUGGGAAACUUCUGAUGGGGAAUGUUCAGUGAUGCUCGAAGCCAAGUUUGAAAAGCUAUAUGAGAAAAUCGAUUUAACGUUGCUGAAUCGUCUGUUGCGUUUGAUUGUGGAUCACAAUAUCGCUGAUUACAUGACGGCAAAAAAUAACGUUGUAAUAAAUUACAAGGACAUGAACCACACCAAUUCUUACGGUAUUGUACGCGGCUUGCAGUUCGCUUCUUUUAUUGUACAGUACUAUGGUCUUGUACUGGACCUUCUUGUCCUUGGAUUGCGCCGCGCCAGUGAAAUCUGUGGACCGCCUCAGUGUCCAAAUGAUUUCUUAACCUAUCAAGAUGUCACCACCGAAAUGGUCCAUCCGCUUCGACUGUAUUGUCGUUACGUUGAUAAAAUCUGGAUAUUUCUAAGGUUCAGUUCUGAUGAAGCCAAAGAUCUGAUACAACGGUAUUUAACCGAGCAUCCUGAUCCUAACAACGAAAAUAUCGUCGGCUACAACAACAAGAAAUGCUGGCCACGCGACGCGCGUAUGCGACUGAUGAAACAUAACGUAAAUCUGGGAAGAGCCGUAUUUUGGGAUAUAAAGAAUCGGUUACCUCGGUCGGUGACCACCAUCGAGUGGGAGAAUAGUUUUGUAUCCGUCUAUAGCAAGGACAACCCAAAUCUCCUAUUCGAUAUGUGUGGAUUCGAAUGUCGUAUCCUUCCAAAGUGCCGCAUGUCACAUGAAGAGUUCACGCAUCGGGACGGUGUUUGGAAUUUGCAAAACGAAGUAACGAAGGAACGAACCGCACAGUGUUUCCUGAAAGUCGACGAUGAAUCGAUGCAACGCUUUCACAAUCGUGUUCGUCAGAUCCUGAUGGCUUCAGGCUCUACUACAUUCACGAAGAUUGUCAAUAAAUGGAAUACAGCGCUUAUUGGGCUGAUGACCUACUUUCGAGAAGCCGUGGUUAACACCCAGGAGUUGCUGGAUCUUUUGGUGAAAUGCGAAAAUAAAAUCCAGACUCGAAUCAAGAUAGGCCUGAACAGCAAAAUGCCCGCUCGCUUCCCUCCGGUCGUUUUUUAUACGCCUAAGGAACUUGGCGGCCUUGGCAUGCUCUCAAUGGGCCACGUGUUGAUUCCACAGUCGGACUUAAGAUGGUGCAAGCAGACCGAUGCCGGGGGCAUUACCCAUUUUCGUUCCGGAAUGUCUCAUGAGGAGGAUCAAUUGAUCCCGAAUCUUUAUCGUUAUAUUCAGCCAUGGGAGGCUGAAUUUAUCGACUCUCAACGAGUGUGGGCCGAGUACGCACUAAAAAGACAGGAAGCGAAUGCACAGAACAGAAGGUUGACUCUCGAAGACUUGGAAGACAGUUGGGAUCGCGGAAUACCGCGUAUCAACACUUUAUUUCAGAAGGAUCGACAUACUCUGGCCUACGACAAAGGCUGGCGCGUACGAACCGAAUUUAAACAGUACCAGAUAUUGAAGCAGAACCCGUUUUGGUGGACCCAUCAGCGUCACGACGGCAAGCUUUGGAAUCUAAACAAUUAUCGAACUGACAUGAUUCAGGCGUUGGGUGGGGUGGAAGGCAUUUUGGAACACACAUUGUUCAAAGGAACCUACUUCCCCACUUGGGAAGGACUCUUCUGGGAAAAAGCAUCCGGUUUCGAAGAGUCAAUGAAGUUCAAAAAGUUGACUAAUGCCCAACGAUCCGGUUUAAAUCAAAUUCCGAACAGGCGCUUCACUUUGUGGUGGUCGCCGACGAUCAACAGGGCUAACGUAUACGUCGGUUUCCAAGUUCAGUUAGACUUGACUGGGAUUUUUAUGCAUGGGAAGAUUCCCACGCUGAAGAUCAGUUUAAUCCAGAUUUUUCGGGCUCAUUUAUGGCAGAAAAUCCAUGAAUCAAUCGUCAUGGAUUUGUGCCAGGUUUUUGAUCAAGAAUUGGAUGCGCUCGAAAUCGAAACUGUGCAGAAGGAAACGAUUCACCCUCGAAAAUCUUAUAAGAUGAACAGCUCGUGUGCAGACAUUCUAUUGUUUGCUCAGUACAAGUGGCACGUCAGUCGACCGUCUCUCUUAGCUGACGCCAAGGACGUCAUGGAUAACACGACGACACAGAAGUACUGGAUCGAUGUGCAGCUUCGUUGGGGCGACUACGAUUCGCACGAUAUCGAGCGGUAUUCUAGGGCGAAGUUCCUCGACUACACGACUGACAACAUGAGCAUAUAUCCAUCGCCCACCGGUACGCUGAUUGCUGUCGAUCUGGCUUACAACUUGUAUAGUGCAUACGGCAACUGGUUUCCGGGCUGCAAGCCAUUGAUUCGUCAGGCAAUGGCGAAGAUCAUGAAAGCGAACCCGGCGCUGUACGUUCUGCGGGAGCGAAUCCGCAAAGGACUCCAGUUGUACAGUUCCGAACCCACCGAACCCUAUCUCACUUCGCAGAACUACGGCGAGCUGUUCUCUAACCAGAUCAUUUGGUUCGUCGAUGACACCAACGUCUAUCGAGUGACUAUUCAUAAGACAUUUGAAGGGAACUUGACGACAAAGCCCAUUAAUGGCGCUAUUUUCAUUUUCAAUCCAAGGACUGGCCAGCUCUUUUUGAAGAUUAUUCACACGUCGGUAUGGGCUGGGCAAAAGCGUUUGGGUCAGCUGGCAAAGUGGAAGACCGCCGAAGAGGUGGCUGCGUUGAUCAGGUCCUUGCCUGUUGAAGAGCAGCCUCGUCAGAUCAUCGUGACAAGAAAGGCCAUGUUGGAUCCGCUAGAAGUCCAUCUGUUGGACUUUCCAAAUAUCGUUAUCAAGGGAAGCGAACUAAUGUUACCUUUCCAAGCUUGCAUGAAGGUUGAGAAGUUCGGUGAUCUGAUCUUGAAGGCAACCGAGCCGCAAAUGGUUCUCUUCAAUCUCUAUGACGACUGGCUGAAGACGAUCUCUUCCUAUACAGCGUUCUCGAGGCUCAUAUUGAUUCUUCGAGCUUUGCACAUCAACCCGGACAAAACGAAAGUUAUUUUGAAACCGGAUAAAACUACGAUCACUGAGCCUCACCAUAUCUGGCCUUCUUUGAUUGAUGAAGAAUGGAUUAAGGUGGAACUCGCGUUGAAGGAUAUGAUCUUAGCCGAUUACGGAAAAAAGAAUAAUGUCAACGUUGCGUCCUUGACUCAGUCCGAAAUCCGUGACAUCAUCCUUGAUGAGAUUAUUUCGACGACGACGAGCAACUACGAAACGCAGAGCUUCGCGUCGCGAACCGAGUGGCGUGUUCGAGCCAUUUCGGCUACUAACCUGCACUUGCGGACACAGCAUAUAUACAUCGCCGGAUACCUUUACGGCACCAGUCCAACCGACAAUCCUCAAGUGAAAGAGAUUCGCGCUGUUGUGAUGCCACCGCAGUGGGGCACUCAUCAGGUUGUGCAUCUGCCAAAUAUUUUUCCGGACCACGAGUUUUUGAAAGAACUUGAGCCGCUGGGCUGGAUGCAUACCCAGCCAAACGAACUGCCUCAGUUGUCCCCUCAGGACGUGACUUUGCAUUCAAAGAUCAUGGUCGACAACCAGAGCUGGGAUGGAGAGAAAACGAUUAUAAUCACGUGCAGCUUCACUCCCGGCUCCGUGUCCCUCACAGCCUAUAAACUGACUCCAAGCGGCUUUGAAUGGGGUCGACAAAACACCGACAAAGGAAACAACCCUAAGGGUUACCUGCCUUCACAUUACGAGAAAGUGCAAAUGCUCUUGUCCGAUCGGUUCCUUGGCUAUUUCAUGGUUCCAGUGCAGUCGUCAUGGAAUUUUAACUUCAUGGGCGUGCGUCAUGAUCCAAAUAUGAGGUAUGACGUCAUGCUUGGGAAUCCCAAAGAAUUUUAUCACGAAGAUCAUCGGCCCUCGCACUUCUUGAACUUUACGGCAAUCGAUGAUCCAGAAGGCAUUCAUUGCGCAGAUCGCGAUAAUACGUUUAUGUAGAU